GCUCGCUCGCUCGCUCGCGCCGCGGCGGCAGCAGAGGUCGCGCACAGAUGCGGGUUAGCCAGGCGGGGGGAGGAGGCGGAGGAGGGAAGGGAGCUGCAUGCAUGAGACCCACAGCGCAUAGAAAGCUCAUUGGGGACCGGGGCAGUAGGACCCAUCCGGAUGCCAGCGAAAACCAGAGAAGUAGCGCGGGGGAGCCGCUGCCACAUGUACUCUGGCGAGCUGGAUGCCCUCUGUGGAUGAAAGAUGUAUCAUGGAAUGAACCCGAGCAAUGGAGAUGGAUUUCUAGAGCAGCCGCCGCCGCCGCAGCAGCCUCAAUCCCCCCAGAGACUCCUGGCCGUGAUCCUGUGGUUUCAGCUGGCGCUGUGCUUCGGCCCCGCGCAGCUCACGGGCGGGUUCGAUGACCUCCACGUGUGUGCUGACCCGGGCGUCCCCGAGAAUGGCUUCCGGACCCCCAGUGGAGGGAUUUUCUUUGAAAGCUCUGUAACCCGGUUUCACUGCCAGGACGGCUUCAAGCUGAAGGGCUCCACAAAGAGACUGUGCAUGAAGCAUCUGAAUGGAACCCUAGGCUGGAUCCCAAGUGAUAAACCCGUCUGUGUGCAAGAAGAUUGCCGUAUCCCUCAAAUCGAAGAUGCCGAGAUUCAUAACAAAACAUACCGCCACGGAGAUAAGUUAAUCAUCACUUGUCACGAAGGAUUCAAGAUCCGCUACCCCGACCUGUACAACAUGGUUUCAUUAUGUCGCGAUGACGGCACCUGGGAUAACCUCCCCAUCUGUCAAGGCUGCCUGAGACCUCUGGCCUCUCCUAAUGGCUACGUGAACAUCUCCGAGUUCCAGACUUCCUUCCCAGUGGGGACUGUGAUCGCCUAUCGCUGCUUCCCCGGAUUUAAGCUCGAGGGGUCCGAGUAUCUCGAGUGCUCCCACAACCUCAUCUGGUCGUCCAGCCCCCCCCAGUGCCUUGCUCUGGAAGUUUGUCCGCUACCUCCCAUGGUGAGUCACGGAGAUUUCAUCUGCCACCCGCGGCCUUGCGAGCGCUACAACCACGGCACGGUGGUGGAGUUCUACUGCGACCCCGGCUACAGCCUCACCAGUGACUACAAGUACAUCACCUGCCAGUACGGAGAGUGGUUCCCCUCCUACCAGGUCUACUGCAUCAAAUCCGAGCAAACGUGGCCCAGCACGCAUGAGACCCUCCUGACCACGUGGAAGAUCGUGGCGUUCACAGCGACCAGUGUGCUGCUGGUGUUGCUGCUCGUCAUCCUGGCCAGGAUGUUCCAGACCAAGUUCAAGGCCCACUUCCCCCCCAGGGGGCCUCCCAGGAGUUCCAGCAGCGACCCAGACUUUGUAGUGGUAGACGGUGUGCCUGUCAUGCUCCCGUCUUACGACGAGGCUGUGAGUGGCGGCUUGAGUGCCUUAGGCCCCGGGUACCUGGCUCCCGUGGGCCAGGGCUGCCCCUUGCCCGUGGAUGACCAGAGCCCCCCAGCAUACCCCGGCUCAGGGGACACGGACACAGGCCCGGGAGAGUCUGAAACCUGUGACAGCACCUCGGGUUCUUCUGAGCUGCUCCACAGCCUGUAUUCAUCUCCCGGGUGCCAAGGGGGCGCCCGCCCCAUGCCCGACAACCCUGACACAAUCGCUGCCGCGGCGGGGGAGGCGGCAUCCACCAGCCCGGGCAUCGACAUCGCAGACGAGAUCCCGCUAAUGGAAGAAGAUCCCUGACUGGGAAGAAAUCCCAGUGGUCCAGCUGCCCCUUUGGGGGAAGGAACUUUGUACCUUGGGGAGAGGCCACGGAAAGGCAGAGCUUGGGGCCACGGGCGCGGCUCCUAACGCACCACGUGGGGACGGCGAUGCACACGGCACGGCUCAGACCCCGGGAGGCUGACAGCGCAGUGGCCAUGCUCCUCGGUGAGGCUGGAGGAUCAGCCCAGACCGCCGGGGAGCGCUGCGUGGGCCUGGAGGAAGGUUGCGGCGCGCCCGGUGCUGCGGAGCAGGGCCAGUGGAUGCACAUCCCGCGCCUCACGCGCCCCGCGGCUCGCUUCCAUCUGCUCCCCGCCCCUCUGAAAGCAUGUCGCCUUAUGUAAAUUUGCUUCUCCAGUCUGCUUCAAACCGUCCCUGGACUCCCAGUGCGGAGGGGCCGGCCUCUGUGGGGCGUCUGUGGGGCCUGCAGAGCCCUGUGCGCCCUCAGCGAGGGGCGGGCCUCCCAGGGAGAAGGCUUCCUCUCUCAAAGCCAGGCUAAAGCAGGAUGUAGCAGCUCCGAGGAGCAAAGGAAGCAUAGACCAGCAGACCCUGCUUUCUGGAAAUUUCUGCACGAAGCAGAGCGCGUGUCCCCUGCGUGGUCAGCAUUUGUGUUCAUGGUGUGGCACAUGGAUCUGUGGCGUGGGACCCGUCUUGUGACUUGACACGUGGUCGGGACGUGCUCAGAUAUGCCCCGUGGUGAGGCCGUAGCCCUCGUCAUGUUACGCUUCGGCAUUUUAAGGUCUCCACUCGGCAGUUUGUGUCCGAGGCAGGAGCCCUGGCCCGGCUGGCUGUCGUUCCCACUCUGAAACCAUAACCAUACUUUUAUUUGCCAAAACAGAAAUUGCUUCUGUAAACGUGUUCUGCCUUCAAAGAAUGUGUGAGCCUGCAGUCUUUGCCUCCCUUCUUCUGCCCUGCACAGCCCUCCUGUCUUGCCGUUGGGGCUGUGGGCCGCUCACCUGCCUCCCAUUCUUUCGAGGGUCUCGUGGUCCCCACUGGGUGAUGUAGGAUGGCUUUAAAAAUGUCCCGAGUCCUGGAGUCUCUUCAAAUCCGUGUUGCUCCUUUCCUCCUCUGGGUUUUAGACAAACAUCAACAAAACUCUGACCCGUAAAGUCGCCGCGCGCUCAGAGCAGUGAGGGCUGGGAGCUUGAUCGAGUCCUGCUUUUUCUCGGCGCAGACUGAUUAAAAAUUAAAAA